CAUAAAUCCAUAUGUAAACCAACUCGUCAUACCACUCUUACUCUACCCUUUCCUUCUUCCCUCUAAAACAUUUCCCACUCGGCACUCGCCGUCUGCGCAAUUUCAAAGGUUUUUAAACCCACUCAAAACCCUAGAGAGAGGAAGCGGAAGAGGAAGAGAGAGACGCGCGCACACAAUAUUUUCAUUCACGGCUCACAUCAAUGGCCUCCAGAUAUAUCCCCGUUGCAAAGCUUUUCCGAUCUAAUCGGCCGUUCACGGUGGCCGCUUCUACUUUCGCCGGCCACCAUCACUCUUUCAGCUCCUCCGGCGCACCCGACAACCACACUCGCUCUCAGCCCUCCCGAGAAAGAGUUAUGGUUAAAGUUCCACUUCAGGAAGUUAAGAUGGAAAAUCCAUUUCAAUGUGGUGGACCCGGAAAUGCGGUGGAGGUCAAUGAGGUGAAGGAGGGUGUACUUGUGAGGAUGGCAUUGCCUGGUGUUGGCGAGAAUGGAAUUAAGGUUUGGGCAGAGAACCACACUGUGUUCUUCCAAGGCGAUGGAGAGAAGGAAUAUGAGAAGGAUGAUUGUGGGAGGAGGUAUGUUGGCAGCCUUGAAUUCAGUCCCGAUGAGCAAAGGGCUGACGGGGUAAAGUUCGAGAUGAAGAAUGGAAUUCUCAGGCUGAUGGUUCCGAAUGUGGAAGGUAAGGAGGAGAAGAAUACCAAGGGUAAGAAGGAGAAGAAAAUGAAGUGAUGUGUUUGGUGAGUUGAUGUUCAGUGACUGGUAUUUGGAAAUAGUUGAAAGAAACUGGUUUUUAUGUGUCUUUUAGUUGAGAAGAAUAUUUUUUUGAAUGCGAUAUGAUAUAUACAAUGGAGUAAACUUUUAGUUCUUAUUUUUCUCUUUUAAGUAAAAGUAAAAUUAGUUGUGAUUUACUGCUC